GACACACACGCUGGAAGUGCUGCAGGAGCAGACCGACCAUGGAAUUGUGACGGAUAUGCGAAAAUGGAUCUAAAAGAUCUAUCUAGCAACUGGAAGAAGCUCCAGGCGACCCUGAAGAAAAGCAGCACCUCAACGGUCUCGAAACGCAGCGCCAGCGAACAAGUCCGGCAGAAUGGAGUGAAGCGGAGAAGGCAGUCAUCUUCCCGACAUACACACACAAAUACCAGUAUAGAAAAGCGGGAACGGGUGUUUAAGAAGCGAAAGAUGUCCAGUGUUACUGCGGAAGUCGCUGAUGGCGUGGAGAAGCUUGCAGUCGACGGAGAUGCGAAGACCAAGGAACCUACAAUACAGUUGACAGGGAACGGCAUUGGCCGUGAGCGUAUUAAUGAAGGGCUGUCAGCUACUGCUGAAGCAGGAAAAUACAUAGCCAUCGACUGCGAAAUGGUGGGGGUCGGGCCAGAUCCAGACCGCGAAUCGGCGCUUGCACGCGUGAGCAUAGUCAAUUUCGCUGGAGAUCAAGUCUAUGAUUCCUUCGUCCGAACCAAAGAGGAGGUAACAGAUUGGCGCUCGAAAGUUAGCGGAAUCACACCGGAGAGCAUGGAGCAUGCUAGAAGUUUUGAAGAAGUACAGAAAGAUGUCGCGAGUUUACUGGAUGGUCGUAUUUUGAUAGGCCACGCCGUGAAAAAUGACCUAAACGCCCUGCUUCUGAGCCACCCAAAACAUGAUAUCCGUGAUACAAGUUUACAUCCUCCGUACCGAAAAAUCGCCGGGGGUGCUAAACCGCGACUGAAGAUAUUGGCGGCUGAAUUGUUGGGGGUUCAAAUACAAGGGGCAGCUCACUCAAGUGUUGAAGAUGCUAGGGCAACAAUGCUGCUGUUUCAGAGGGAUAAGGAAUCGUUUGAGAGGGAGAAUGCGAAGAGAUGGCCUGUCCGUGUGCGGAAGGAUACUGAUAAGGAUGGGGCUGGUACCCCGAAAACGAAGAAACCAAAGAAGAAGCGAAAGAAACGGUAAUCG